AUGAACAUUAUCUCGAACACGAUCCGAAAUUGUGAUAACUGGCUGGGAUACACCUAUCUGUGUCUUUUCGUGCAAAUACGCUUUGCUCACUGGGUCUCGGACGAAGGAUUGACGGAGACAUUAAAGAUGGGUAUUGGGUAUUUCCACGAGGCAAUGGAUUCGUUGGGUGCGGUAUGGUCGAUUCUCGGUGCUAGUGACAUGCUCAUCAUAAUGGGUGUGCAGUAUUACGAAGGAAAGCAGCAUCGAUACAUCGACUAUCUCAAUACGGAUGUCCUGCAAAUAAUGGGCCGAGAUACGAUGAAACGCGUCCUCACGUGGCAACAGACGAGGAGGGACUUAGAAGAAAUUCUUGGCGAAGAGUCUUUCCAUUGA